AUGAACCGACAAAAGAAGGAGAGAACUGGGCUGAAGGCGUUCUCUGCCAUGAUACUUUCUAUUAUGCAAAAGGAAAAGUCAAUUGAAUACACAAAGGUAGCAGAUAUAAUUAUGGGAAUGACAGAGGGCACAGGGGACGACAAAAAUGUAAAGAGAAGGGUCUAUGAUGCGCUUAAUGUCAUGUGUGCAGUGAAUCUGAUCAAAAAGGACAAGAAGAUGGCAUACAUAACAGAUAACCAGAUGUGCUCAUGCGAGGAGGAAGUAGAAAGAAGACUCGCCUCUCUGGGGCAGGCAAUUGUUUCGGCCCCAAAACUGCGAGAAAGAGUGGAGGAAAAAAGAAGAAUUCUUGAGGAAACAGUUCGCAGGAAGGACUUGCUUCUGCGGCUUAUUAAGAGGAACUCAGAGAGAGAAAUUGAAGAAAAGGAAAAGCUGCAUCUUCCAUUCAUCCUUAUAAGCACAAAGAAGAAAUCAAGAAUUGACUGCGAAACAAAUGAUAGAAGAUCGUACUUCAAGUUUAUUUUCACAAGUCCAUACAAGAUAUACGAAGAUGUGCACAUUCUCAAGCAGAUAUUUGGAGAUGCAAGUGUUCGGUCAGAGGUGAAGGAGCACCACAAAGGUAUCUCACAGGGCCAGAAAGAGAAUGUAGAAGCCCCAAAGAAAUGGAACCCACCCCAUGAGAUGGACCGAGCCACACCAGGAAGCCCACUUGGAUCUAGCUAUAUUUUCACAGAGGAUGAUGACUGGCUAAAUUUGUACAACUUCUUAAAUUAG